UCGAGGAAUUCACUCGCAAUAGUUAACUAACGCACGAGCCGAGACGUCGGUCUGAACGCGUGUAAGAGGCAAAUCCUGCAACCUUGUUCCCAAGACCUGGUCCACCUUACGUCGCGAUAAGCUCAACGUGUGCCUCUGAUAAUAGCGGCGCGACGAUACGACGAAUAAGGCCCCUGCGUUUAGUUCAAGAACCCUUUUUAUGUACAUAUACGCGCACACGUACGUGAACGUAUGUAUGCGCACGUACAUUUGUUUACAAAUUUUGUGCUCUACCAGCGAUAACUGUAACGGCCCUCGCAUCGCAACCUCAACAGCAUUCGGCGGACGAUGUAGCGGUGCUCUGUUGUAGAUAUAUAGCUAAAGGAUCAUCUUGUACCUUAUAACUUUUUAAGAUAUACCUCAGGAUGAACAAGCGACGUAGAACGUCCUCGGUGGCGAGUCGUGGCACCGAGGACGACGGUGACGAUACCCCGCCCGAGCCGACGAAGAGGAGGAAAAAACUGGAUCCUAGCGAUUUGUGCCAACAACUAUAUGAAAUACUUCGUAAUCAAAAGAAGGAAGAUGGAUCCCUGCUGUGUGAUGCAUUUAUACGUGUGCCGAAACGUAGACAAGAACCAGGAUAUUAUGAGGUUGUUUCCAAUCCCAUAGAUCUGUUGAAAGUACAACAGAAACUGAAAACUGAUGAAUAUCGCGAUAUGGACGAUCUUGCUGCUGAUAUUCAGCUUAUGGUAAACAAUGCCAAAGCUUUCUAUAUGCGUACAUCUCCCGAGUAUAAAGAUGCAACUGAACUGUGGGAAUUGUGUAUAAAUACUAAAAACCGUAUAAUGGAAGAAUAUGAAGAACCAGAACCUAAAGGAAAACUCAUUCUAAAAGUUGGCAGAUUGGCGCGUAAAGUAACAACGCGACAAGAUGACGCAGAAGAUACUUCAGAAAGUUCAACGAAUCUCGAUGAGGAAACUAUGCAGCUAUUCGAGGAUUUAUUUGCAGCAGUUAUGACAGCAACUGAUCCCACUGACAAUAACAGACCUCUUCAUAUUAUGUUUCAACUCAAACCUUCUAAAAAGCUUUAUCCUGAGUAUUAUGAUGUUAUCGAGACACCAAUUGAUUUGAAGACUAUUGCAAGAAAGAUUCAAGAAGGUGCAUACAGCUCACUUGGCGAUAUGGAGAAAGAUCUAAUGCUCAUGUGCCGUAACGCCUGUCAAUUUAAUGAGCCUGGUUCGCAAAUUUACAAGGAUGCCAAACUUUUGAAGAAGAUAAUUACUGCAGCCGCGAGAAGGCAAGAUAGCGGGUUUGGUAGUGGUAUUAAGAUUGCUACGACUGCACCAUCUACAAGAAGCAAAAGAGGAAGUCGUACCAUGGCGCAAUCGUUAAUAGCACAAACUGCAUCAUUACGUGACGAAGAUGAUGAAAGCGAUGAUGAGGAAGAAGAACCUGCUGAGACUGAAGAAGCUGACAAUCCACAAUGGCAAUUAUUUCAAACUAUUCGGACGGCUCCUAAUAAUCAAGGUGUAAGGAUGAGCGAAUAUUUUUGGAAACUUCCAUCAAAGAGAUUAUAUCCUGAUUACUAUAAGACGAUUAAGAAUCCUAUAUCUUUAUUACAAAUACGUACAAAGAUAAAGAAAUGCGAAUAUGGUACUGUUAGUGAAGUAGCUGGAGAUAUGAAUAUCAUGUUUGAAAAUGCAAAGAAAUAUAACAUGCAUACUUCUCGAUUGUACAAGUGUGCUGUUAAAUUGCAAAAAAUAAUGCAAGAGAAAGUACAAGAACUCUUAGAAUUCGAUCAGGACUCUGAUUCGGAUAGCGAAUCCGAAAACAGUUCGCAGCAGCCUAAAUUGAUUAAACGUGCUUCGAAUUUAUUGACACGAGGGAAGUACAAAGACAAUAUACCACUGAAGAAGAGAUUGUACGCAUUAGUCAAGUGUGUCAUAGAAUACGUUUGCGAGGACGGUCGGCAACCCAUGUUAAUGUUUAUGGAGAAACCUUCCAAAAAAUUAUAUCCGGAUUACUAUCAAGUGAUAGCAGAACCUAUAGACAUGCUAGCGAUUGAAGCUAAUAUUAAAGCGGAAAAGUAUCAAAAUGAAAACGAAUUAAUACAGGACUUUAAGUUGAUGUUUAAUAAUUGUCGCCAAUAUAACGAAGAAGGUUCAUUGAUAUAUGAGGACGCUAAUAUAUUGGAGAAAGUUUUGAUGGAUAAGGUAAAGGAAUUAGGACCUCUGCCAGAUAAUCCUAGGUCCAAAUCUUCCGCAUCAACCCCAACUAGAAACGUCGGGAGACCGAAAAAAAUAGUGCCGCUUCAUUUGCAAAAAUUACGAACUCUGUACGAUACUAUAAAAGACUACCACGAUGCAAAAGGGAGGCAGUUAUCUCUAAUUUUCAUGAAAUUACCAAAUAAAAAUGAAUAUCCAGAUUAUUAUGAGGUGAUAAAGCAGCCUAUACACAUGGAGAAGAUAGCUUCUACUUUAAAGAAUAAUGGAUAUGAUAAUUUGGACGAAUUGGUGUCCGAUUUUAUAUUAAUGUUUGACAAUGCUUGCAAGUAUAACGAGCCGGACUCGCAAAUAUAUAAGGAUGCCUUGAUACUACAAAGAUUAGUGUUGCAAAGUAAAUUGCAACUAAGUGAGGAUGAGGAAAGUGUACCUGAUGUGUCAGCUGCUGUUCAAGAGAUACUGGCAACAAUAUUUACCGCACUUUAUAAUCACCAGGAUGAGGAAGGAAGGUGUUACUCCGAUUCUAUGGCCGAACUGCCGGAACAUGAUAUUGUUGAUGGCAAAAAAGUACGGGGGUUGUCAUUAGAUUUGAUUAAGAGGAGAUUAGAUCGGGGAGUUUACAAAAGGCUAGAUCGGUUCCAAGAAGAUGUUUUCACCUGCUUGGAAAGAGCACGGAGAUUGUCGCGUACAGAUUCACAACCAUUUGAAGAUAGCGUGGAAUUACAGGCAUUUUUUCUACGUACUCGUGAUGAGGUGACUCGUGCAGGAGAUUUGUUACAUUCACCUGCGUUAAAUUACACGCUUCUUGACCUGUCUGCUCAGGUUGCAGAACUUAAAAGAAUAAAACAGCAACAAGAACUAAAUUUACCUAACGAAGAGGAAAGCUGUGAUGGAAAUGAAACAAAAGACUCUGAAACCAAUACGGAUACAAAUAAUACUGACAAUGGAGGCUCUAUGAGUUUCAAUCAAGAAGUAUACAGAGCUGGUGACUUUACGUAUAUUGAGCCUACUGAGAGAGGCAUGGAGUAUAGCGUAGUUCUCAUAGAAAGGCUUUGGACCAAUGCAGACGGUCAACAAAUGUUGUAUGGAAAUUUAUUUUAUAGACCUAGCGAAACAUAUCACGUGGCUUCGCGGAAAUUUUUGGACAAGGAAUUAUUUAAGAGCGAUGCUCACGUGGCGGUACCUCUAGCGAAAGUAGCUGGCAGAUGUUGCGUUUUAAGUGUAAAGGAUUAUUUUCGAAUGCAGCCGGAAGGUUUCCUAGAAAAAGAUGUCUAUGUAUGUGAAUCACGUUACUCCACGAAAGCUCGAGCGUUCAAAAAAAUCAAGGUCUGGAAUUUCGAUCCCGAUCACUUGACAUUGGUUCCUAGAGAAAAGCCACUAGAACCGAAACGAGUAAUUUCGGUGUACAAAGAACGGCUGGAAAAGCAUAAAGAAGAGAUCGCUGAAUUGGAGGAGGGAGAAAAGUUGAUGGAAAAGGAAAGACCUAAUGUGAUAUUGUAUAACCCAGAAGAUACUGAGAACACAUAUUAUGAACAGUACAACACAUGCGCGGGAUCUGUGAAAACCGGUGAUUUUGUUUAUGUAGCGACAGACGGGGGCAGGCAACAAAUAGCGCAAGUUGAUGCUAUAUGGUUAACCAAAGACGGGAAAUGUUAUUUCAAAGGUCCAUGGUUAUUGAUGCCUACAGAUGUGCCACAUACGCCUACGAAAUUAUUUUAUAAACAAGAGUUAUUUUUAUCUACUGUGGAUGGUACUCAUCCUAUUGUAGCUAUUGUUGGAAAAUGUUCCGUCCUUGAUUACGGAGAGUAUAUAUGUAGCAGACCAACAGAGAUACCAGAGGAUGAUGUGUACAUUUGUGAAUCGCUUUAUGACGAAAGUAAAAGUUUGAUGAAAAAGCUUAGUCAAGACGGUUUAAAGAAGUUCAAUCACACGUCGGCGGUAACUGAAGACGAAAUCUACUUCUUCCGAAGGCCUAUUAAUCCUGCUAAAGUUUCGAGCGACGUGGCUCAGACGCAAAGUCAAGUCAAGUCCAUUACGCCCAGCUCGGCUCAAUUUGAAAUGGAAGCGUCACCAUUGUUACCGAAGCUGGAACCAGAUGUACUAAGCAUGGGGGUAGGAUUAGGAGUGGGAGUGGGAGUAGGAGUUGGGGAAGACAGCAUGGAUGCUGGUGGUCCACCAUCCGUUGGAUCUACGGAAGCUCAACCGGUGCUCUCCAAUACUCAGACACCUGUGUCGACUAAGAAGAAAACGGCGGGUAAGAAAUUAGUUACGGGCUAUAUUUUAUAUUCGAGUAAAAUGCGAACGCAGAUUACACAAAACAAUCCUGAAUCAUCCUUCGGAGAGAUUAGCAGAAUUGUUGGCAACGAGUGGAGGAAAUUGCCAGCGGGGGAGAAGCAAGCAUGGGAGGAACGGGCAAUCAAAAUGAACGAAGACGGUGGUCAGCUGAAGGGUACGACUACAAUAGGCACGAACUCCAUGCAGGAUGUUGUGUACGAAUGUUGUUGGGACAAUUGCGACUGGCAGUUCGAGGACAUGACUGAUUGCAUCGAUCACUGCAUCGCGGAGCAGAACGGUCACGUACAAUCAUCGUUUGUAAACGCUCCUAGUGAUGUGGAGUAUCAGUGCCAGUGGCGUGGUUGCGGCCGAACGAAGAAAUCUGUCCCACCGUUCCCGAGUGUACAGAGACUCGCAAGACACGUUAAAGAAGUGCAUAUUCUCAAGUCGCAUGGUCGCAUAAUACCACCUUCUGAGAGGAGCAGAAAUUACAUGCCUUCAAAAGGACCCACAGUAUUGCCUCCAAUGGAAACAGAAACUUCAGCAGCUGCAACUCAGACGAGCAGCUUGCCCGCCACUAAACAACCAGAGCCGAUGUUUGUCGCGGUACCACCGAGGCCAAGUCGUGUAUUGCAUUCGGACGCCUAUUUGAGGUAUAUCGAAGGUCUAAAUGUAGAGAAUCGUUACAUAUCAAAUUGGGAUAAGCAGAUGAACGCCAAUCCGGAUAAUACCCAAAUCCCCGAUGUGACGAAGCUGCCCGCCGAAUGGCUGCAAUGGCGUUGGAAACCAUGGGAAUGUGGUAAACGCUUUGUGGACACUCAGAAACAUGAUGAUGCGGGAUGUGUUAGCCAUCAAUAAAACUUUAUAGUUUAUAAAUUGUUAAAAUUAAUAAUUUUUGAACGUGCAAAGUACACGUAAUCUACAAUACACAAACCCGUCGACGCCGGAUGAAAGACUGACGGUAUUUGAUCGUUUAAACAAUAUUUAUAUUUAGAAUUUUCUUUCUCGUUCUUUUAAUACUUAAUUUUACUUUAUUUAUCUACGUUCUAAGUUUGAUGACAUAUAUCUCAAAAUAUCUUUAGGCAAUUCUACAAGUUGACUAUGUUUGAAAUUUAUUUUAAUCAUUCAGGCAUUAUUUAUAUGAUUGGCAAGAAAUUUUUUUUUUUUGCGAAUAAAAUGUUUACGCUUUUUUUGUUUGUAUUAAAUAAAUUCUGUUUUA